AUGGGAACUGGUAGGGAAACUUUACUAAGUGACACAUCUGCAGGUAUGGAUCGUCCAAAUGUGCCGAAACAUUAUCGACGCAACAUCUUCAAUACAAUGAACAAACUUUCUCAUCCAGGUGUUCAUGCAACGAUCAAGUUCGUAGCAAUACAGUUUUUCUGGCCUGGUACGAAUGAAGACGUAAGGAAAUGGGGAUUCUCAUGUGUAAGAUGCCAGAAAUAUAAGGUGAUUAGACAUAAGAAAUGUCCCUGGAGUUCUGAUACGACUCCCGAUGCUUGUUUUGACCAUGUUCAUCUGGAUUUGUUAAGACGUUUGCCAGAUUCAAGUGAAUACUCCUAUCUCUUAACUUUCGUAAACCGUUUCACUCGAUGGUUGGAAGCAGAACCUAUCAAGGAAAUUACUGCUGAAACAGUGGUCCGCGCCUUCAUCGAACAGUCUGAAGGUCAUCCCCGAAAUCGAUGUCUUUGGCAUCAACACGACUUACUAGGUUUAAUGCUGUUGGGUCGAGGUUUUUUCGAUCCUGUCGAUCCAAGUGAUAAGAUGAUGUUAAUCCGGAAUUAUUUAGAUCAAAAUGCUCCAUCUUUACAAGAUUUUGAUCAACUUAUACAAUCCUAUCAAUUAGAAUAUGGUAUUAUCCUAUUAAGAGAUUAUCAAAAAUUAUUACAAAUGUAUAAUACUACUGAAAUAUCAUUUCAUGAAUUUAAGUAUCAUACAAAUUAUCUAUUACAAUAUAUAUGGGAAAAAUUACAUACGGGUCAUUGGAAAAAUGUUCAUAUUUGUUGGCGUAUAUUAUAUUCAUCUAUUAAAUUAUUAAUUGUAUUAUAUUAUUUAUAUAAAAGUAAUAAUGAUGAUGAUCCUAAUUCUUAUCAGUUUGAUCCUGAUCAUUCAGAUGAUCAUGAUCAUGAUCGCUAUCAUUAUCAUCCUUUUAUAGAAUUAAUUAAAGAAUUAGAUCUUAGUUUAAUUAUGGGUUAUCCAAUAUUUAAUCAAUUUGCAUCAAAAUUAGCUUCCAAAUUACAUCAUAUCAUUAUGAUUAAAAGAAGAUUAUGUAAUGAAAAUGAUUUAUCAUUAUCUAGAUUAUUUCAAUUAGAUAAUCAUAAUCCUGAUAUUCAUCAUGAUCUAGAUCAUGAUCUAGAUCGAUUUAUUCAAAUCAAUGAACAGAUCAAAAUCAAUUUGAAUAAAUUAGAUCAUAUUAAUUGUCCAAGUAUUGAAUUAUUUAAUGAUUUAAUAAAAUUCAAUAAACCAUUUAUUAUAACAAAUGCAAUCAAUUUUUGGCCAGCAUAUAAUAAUAAUAAUCAACAUAAAUGGACUAUAAAUUAUUGGUUACAUCAUUAUGGUUAUCGUUUAGUUCCUAUAGAAAUUGGUCAAAAAUAUACCCAAGAGAAUUGGGGACAAAAAUUAAUGACAAUUCAUGAGUUUAUUAAUCAUUAUUUUAAUCAAUCAAUAAUCAAUAAUGAGAAUACAAUGAAAGGUUAUUUAGCCCAAUAUGAUAUCUUUACACAAAUACCAGAAUUAGAAAAUGAUAUUUAUAUACCAGAUUAUUGUUAUGUUACUGGGGGUGAUGAACCAAUCAAUAAUAGUGAUGAUAAUGAUAAUCAUCAUCAUAUUGAUACCAUAGAAACAAAUAUAUGGUUUGGUCCAAAAAAUACUAUAUCACCAUUACAUCAUGAUAAUGAUCGUGCGAAUUUAUUAACACAAAUUCAUGGUUAUAAAUUGAUUAUAUUAUAUUCUGCCUUAGAAACAAAGAAUUUAUAUCCAUAUAAUGAUAAUCCAAUGUUAUGUAAUACAUCUAAAAUAGAUUUAGAUCAUUUGAAUAUUGAUUUAAUGAAUGAAUUUCCUAAAUUUCAAAAUGUUCAUGGUUAUUAUAGUAUACUUAAACCGGGUGAAAUGUUAUAUAUACCACCACGUUGUUGGCAUUAUGUUCGUUCAUUAACAGCGAGUUAUUCAGUGAAUUUUUGGUGGAAUAUUUCAUCAUCAUUAAUACCAUCAUGGGAAUAA